AGGGGACACAAGAUGGCGGCGGUGAGGCGAGGAGGAACUUCGUUGGUUCUGUCAUCUCUUCUCCUGCAGAUGCUGUUUUAUGUGAAUGGGGUUUAUUAUAUCUUCUACUUCCUGGCCACCCUCACAAUGAUUGUGUACAAAAGUCAAGUUUUCAGUUAUCCAGAUGAUUUUUUGGCUCCAGAUCUUUUGGUGCUUUUCAUCAUGGCCAUUCUGGAAGUGCCUCGACUCUACUUUGGUUCCAAGGGCAACCUGACAGAAGAAGAGGCUCCGCUGGGGCUCAGCCUUGCGCUGACGCUGGGCAGCGUGGUCCUGGCUGUGUAUUUCCUGGUGUGGCAAACCUACGUGCUGCGAGCUGACGUCAUCCUGAACGCUCUGCUGCUCUCCACAUACGGGCUGGAGUCAGGGCUAAAGGUCAUGGCCAUUGCUGCUUUUGUCAGCUGAGCCCUGGCAGGUUUCAACACCUCCAUGCAUGUCUCCUAUAAAAGAGCAGGUUUCUAUUCAAAUACUGAAUUCUUCUGCAGAUAAAAAUCCUGUAAAACUCUCCUCUGUUUGAAGAACAGAUUUGUGAGGGGCUGAGCUGGUAGGGUACCGUGUCCCAGCUGGAAGCUGUGUUCACUUAUUCAUGGGCAAAGGCAAGAGAUGAUGUCCAACAGGUCAAGGGAGGCUCUCCUCCCCCUC